CUUUGUCCAAAUUUGUGUGAGAGAAAAAAAAAGAGAGAGAUCAGAGUUGUGAAUUCAAUGGAGAGAUCUGAGAGAGGAAAGGAGAAGAAGAGGGCGAGACCCAUUUCUGAAGAUCAUGAAGAAGAAGAUCAUGACUCUGAAUUCAACACAACUCGUCCUCGAUCUCGAUCUCGACCUCGACCUCGACCUCGACCUCGCGCCUCCUCUCUGCUCAAUGGCUGCUUCGAAGCUCAAUCUGUAAUGCUACAGCAGAUUUUGUCUCCUCAACAAUUGGCUACACUCGAAAAUUUUAUCCGAUCUGUGGUCCAGGAGGUGGUGGAGAUCCAGGUUCCUUCUUGCAUUCGCUCCAUUCUAUCAAGAAACAGCCAACUUUGUAAUGAUCUGACUGGAAAAGAGGCUCUUGCCGGAUCUGGAACUUUGAAGUUCAGGUUAUUUUUCGAAAAGAAUCAAAUUGCCUCCACCAUUUUUACCAACAACGAAAUCAAAGCAAAGGAUGGCACACUGCUUGCAGUUUCAAUAUGCGACACCACCAACUCCAACUCCAUCAUCGGGAUCGGUCCUCUUUCGUCAGCCUUGGUCGAGAUCGUCGUCCUCGACGGAGAAUUUGGCUCCGGGCAACGGGGAGACGAGACCUCGUGGAGUGUGGAUGAUUUCAAAAACAGUAUCGUGUCUCAAAGGGAGGGGAAAAGGCCUUUAAUUGUGGGGGCUCUGAAGCUCUAUCUGGAAAAUGGUGUUGGAUUUAUCAAAGGUCUAAGCUUUACGGACAACUCGAGCUGGACAAAAUCUAAGAAGUUUAGAUUCGGAGUAAGAAUUGUAGAUGAGAAAAUCUUGACCAAGUUUUCAAGAAUUGGAGAAGGUGUUUCUGAACCCUUCAGAGUGAUGGAUCAUCGUGGAGAAGUGUACAAGAAGCACCACCCUCCAAAGAAGGGAGAUAAAAUAUGGAGAUUGGAAGGGAUCGGCAAAGAUGGCACAUAUGACACCCGCUUAUCCGCUGUAAACAUCAAAACUGUGGAUGAUUUCUUGAAGGUUUAUCAUGAAGAGGGUGGUGCAUACCUAAGGAAGAUUCUUGGAAGAGUCCCAAAAAUUACAUGGGAAAAGAUGGUUUCUAAUGCUUUAGAAUGUGAUGACCAUGUGAUGGCCCCCUUGGCCUUGGAUCCUAACUUUGGGGUCCACUCGGCCGGAAAUGAAACCACACGAGGUGAAGCUUUGAAUGACAAUUUUGAAGUCGGUGACGAGCCAAUGAAUUUUGGUGACGAUGAUACGCUUUCAGAGAACAUCGAAGAUCAGAAAUUUGACGACAAAGUUCAAGACUUGGCAUCCUUCAAUCCAACCUCUGGGCAGCAAAAUUUGAUGGACAACAACUUGGAAGAAGGCCAGCAAAAGAGUUUCAGUGGUGGCCAUGGGCUUUCACAGACACUGUUUUCAGCUCAUGAAUUUGGUGGCCACCUUCAAGCCCCGGCAUCCUACCGUCCAAGCUUUGAGCAAACUUUGGCGGAAAAUUAUGAAGCAAUGGGACUAGGUGGAGGUUUGGAAGGGAUCGAGGAGCGAGAAUGCAGCAAUAUGUUCUAUGAUGAUUAUUCGUCAUUGUUGCCACAUGAAGAGGCUUCAAUCCCAUGCAUCCACAACCAUGAAGUGGAAAAUGCAACCACUUCCAACCAAUAUUAUCAAGAACGAUCUUGGACUGAGUUGGUGCCUAAACCCAAGUAAGGCAAGUGGAUGCUCAUCCAUAUUUAUUUUUCUAUAUAAUAUAAUAUUAGUUGAGCAACAAAAACAAUCUCUCUCAGCUUUCGGCUUUUUUCUUCCCAUAAAUGACCGUAGCGUCAUAAAAACAAUAUUUCGUUUUUGUUUUCGAUGAAUAAUGUUUUUAUCUUUUCGAUCUAGACUUAUAAACUCUGUUUGAAUGCAUUAGAAUGUUAUUUGUUUGUGCUUAAUC